AGGUUUGGCGCGGGCGGGGACGAGAAGCAGCGCUCGGGCACGCGGGGACGGCGGCCGGCGCGGGCGGGCGCGGCCUUUGUCUCCUCCUCUGGCGCGCUCCGUGGCUGCACCCGCCCCAUGAGCCCGCGGUCCCCCAGCGCCUGAGCCGCCCGCAGCCCCUGACCUGACCUGCCCUCGCAAUGGCCGAAGCUGCCUCCGGCGCCGGGGGCACGUCCCUGGAGGGUGAGCGUGGCAAGAGGCCCCCGCCGGACGGCGAGCCUGCAGCCCCGGCGUCCGGAGUUCUGGAUAAGCUUUUUGGGAAGCGGCUCCUGCAGGUGGGUCGGUACCUGGUGUCCCACAAGGCAUGGAUGAAGACGGUGCCCACAGAGAACUGCGACGUGUUGAUGACCUUCCCAGACACGACCGAUGACCACACGCUGCUAUGGCUGCUGAACCACAUCCGCGUGGGCAUCCCCGAGCUCAUCGUGCAAGUCCGCCACCAUCGCCACACGCGUGCCUACGCCUUCUUCGUCACCGCCACGUAUGAGAGCCUACUCAGAGGGGCCGACGAGCUGGGUCUGCGCAAAGCAGUGAAGACUGAGUUUGGCGGGGGCACCCGCGGCUUCUCCUGCGAGGAGGACUUCAUCUACGAGAAUGUGGAGAGUGAGCUGCGCUUCUUCACCUCCCAGGAGCGCCAGAGCAUCAUCCGCUUCUGGCUGCAGAACCUCCGUGCCAAGCAGGGCGAGGCACUGCACAAUGUGCGCUUUCUGGACGACCAGCCAAUCAUCCCUGAACUGGCAGCCCGCGGGAUCAUCCAGCAGGUGUUCCCAGUGCACGAGCAGCGCAUCCUGAACCGCCUCAUGAAGUCAUGGGUGCAGGCUGUGUGUGAAAACCAGCCUCUAGAUGAGAUCUGCGACUACUUUGGCGUGAAGAUUGCCAUGUACUUCGCCUGGCUGGGUUUCUACACAUCGGCAAUGGUGUACCCGGCAGUCUUUGGCUCUGUCCUGUACACCUUCACAGAGGCUGAUCAGACAAGCCGGGAUGUAUCCUGCGUGGUCUUUGCCCUCUUCAACGUGGUCUGGUCAACGCUCUUCUUGGAGGAGUGGAAACGGAGGGGAGCAGAGCUGGCCUACAAGUGGGGGACGCUGGACUCACCCGGGGAAGCUGUGGAGGAACCACGGCCCCAGUUCAGGGGCGUGCGGCGCAUCAGCCCCGUGACUCGGGCCGAGGAGUUCUACUACCCGCCCUGGAAGCGGCUGCUCUUCCAGCUGCUUGUGAGUCUCCCCUUGUGCCUCACCUGCCUGGCCUGUGUGUUCCUGCUCAUGCUCGGCUGCUUCCAACUGCAGGAGCUGGUGCUGAGUGUGAAGGGGCUGCCCCGUCUCGCCCGCUUCCUGCCCAAAGUCAUGCUGGCCCUGCUGGUCAGUGCAAGCGCCGAGGGCUACAAGAAGCUGGCCGUCUGGCUCAACGACAUGGAGAACUACCGGCUGGAGAGCGCCUACGAGAAGCACCUCAUCAUCAAGGUUGUCCUGUUCCAAUUCGUCAACUCAUACCUGAGCCUCUUCUACAUUGGCUUCUACCUCAAGGACAUGGAGCGCCUGAAAGAGAUGCUGGCCACUCUGCUGAUCACCCGCCAGUUCCUCCAGAAUGUUCGAGAGGUCUUGCAGCCGCACCUGUACCGGCGGCUGGGCCGUGGCGAGCUUGGCCUGCGGGCUGCCUGGGAGCUGGCCCGUGCCCUGCUUGGCCUACUGAGCCUCCGGCGCCCUGCACACCACCUCGAACCCCAGGCUGAAGAGGGUGUCGGUGGCAGCAGCGGUGGGGGGGGCCGCAGGUGUCUCAGUGGGGCCUGCGGGGCACCUGAGGAGGAGGAGGAGGCCACAAUGGAGCGUCGGCCAGCGGGGGAAGGUGGGGAGGUGGGGGACGGGCCUCGCGGGGGCAGGGAGGAGGAGGAGGAGGACGAGGAUGAGGAUGAGGACGAAGAGGAGGAGGAGGAGGAGGAUGAAGGCGAGGAGGGCGGCCUCCUGGACUGCGGGCUUCGGCUGAAGAAGGUCAGCUUUGCUGAGCGGGGGGCUGGGCGGCGGCGGCUGGGCCCAAGCCCGGAGGCCCUCCUGGAGGAGGGGAGCCCCACCAUGGUGGAGAAGGGGCUGGAAGCUGGCGUGUUCACGCUGGCCGAGGAGGACGAUGAGGCCGAGGGGGCUCCCAGCAGCCCUGAACGGGAGCCCCCAGCUGUCCUGCUCCGCCGGGCCAGAGGUGAGGGCCGCGACCAGGGCCCCGAUGGGGGCCCAGACCCAGAGCCGGGCUUGGGUGACUCAGCCCGGAAGCAGCGGCGGCAGAAUCGGUCAUCUUGGAUCGACCCACCCGAGGAGGAACACUCGGCCCAGCUCACCCAGGCCGAGCUCGAGAGCUGUAUGAAGAAAUACGAGGACACGUUCCAGGACUAUCAGGAGAUGUUCGUGCAGUUUGGCUACGUCGUGCUCUUCUCGUCUGCCUUCCCCCUGGCUGCCCUCUGCGCCCUCAUCAACAACCUCAUCGAGAUCCGCAGUGACGCCCUCAAGCUGUGCACAGGGCUGCAGCGGCCCUUUGGGCAGCGGGUGGAGAGCAUUGGCCAGUGGCAGAAGGUGAUGGAGGUCAUGGGCGUCCUGGCAAUCGUAGUCAACUGCUAUCUAAUUGGCCAGUGUGGGCAGCUGCAGCGCCUCUUCCCCUGGCUCAGCCCCGAGGCGGCCAUCGUGUCCGUGGUGGUGCUUGAGCACUUCGCUCUGCUCCUCAAGUACCUCAUUCACGUGGCCAUCCCUGACAUCCCAGGCUGGGUGGCCGAGGAGAUGGCCAAGCUGGAGUACCAGCGCCGGGAGGCCUUCAAGAGACAUGAGCGCCAGGCCCAGCACCGCUACCAGCAGCAGCAGCGGCGGAGGCGGGAGGAGGAGGAGCGCCAGCGCCACGCGGAACAUCAUGCCCGGAGGGAGCGCGACGCCAGUGGCCGGGAGGAAGCUCGGGCUGAGGGCUCCGGGUUGGACCCUGCUGCCCCAGAGAAGGCCUCGGCCAAGGCCAAGGGCAGUGGGGCGGCAGGAGGCCAUGGGCCGGAGCGGCCCAAGCGCCCGGGGUCCCUGCUGGCACCUAACAACGUCAUGAAGCUGAAGCAGAUCAUCCCACUGCAGGGCAAGUUCCUGUCGUCCGGGGCUGCAUCUUCGCUGGCCGGCGCGGGGGCCAACCUCACUGCCCGGCCGCCCCCUGCCCCGUCUCCCACAGGCAGUGACACCCGCCUGCCGGCCUUCCUCAGCUUCAAAUUCCUCAAGUCGCCCGAGACCCGGCGAGACCCAGAGCGUAGCCACUCGCCGCCCAAGGCCUUCCACGCCGGCAAGCUCUUCCCCUUCGGCGGGGCCCGGGCUGAGGCCGGGCCCAACGGGGCGGGCGGGCAGGCCCGGCAGGACGGGACCCCCGGCGGUGGCAGUGGUGGUAGCCGAGCCCAGCGGAGUGGGCCGGCAGACGAGGCCGCAGCUGAGGAGCCGGACACACCCCGGCCUGAAGAGGAAGGCUCAGGGACAGCGCCGGCCCCUGUGGGCGCCCCGGCCCUCCUCACCCGCCGCAGCCGGAGCCCUGCGCCGCCGCCGCCGCCGCCGCCGCCGCCAACACCGCUGCCCCGGCCCCCGACGCCACCCGCCGGCUGCUGGCAGUGGGACGGGCCGUGGGGCUGCGGGGGCGAGGGCGCCGCCCCCCGCCAGGCCCCUGCCGCCGCCGCCGCCGAGUGUCCGCCCUGCGCCCUCGCCGGGCCCCUGCCCGCCCCGGCAGCUGGCGUCCUGCCGGGGGACGCCAGCUUCUACAGCCUCCCGCCGCCGCCGCUGCCUCCCACCUCCGAGCCCCCGGAGCCCCCGGCACCGUCGCCCAACCCCAGCUCCAGUCCCAGCCCCAGUCCCCAGGCCGUGUGCUGGCCCAGCGGCUGGCAUUAGCUCCGCCCGCCCUGCCUUCCUGUUUUCAUAUGCAAUAUCAAUCACGGACGGGGCGGCAGCCGCCACCCAGAAAACGCUGCGGUCGGGCCCGAUGUAUCCCAGUAUUGGCUGCCCCCUCCUGGGGCAGGGCCGGGGGCCUGGGGCCUCUCUAUCUGCCGUUUUCCUUUCGACCAGGAUGGGGGGAAAGGAAAGGAAACCCCCCCAAAAACAACAGAAAACACACACAGAAUAGGCGAUUAUUUAUUUGUUUUUAAUUUAUUUUGUCAUAUUUUUGUAAAACGGCAGAAAUGCAAUAAAAAGUAUAUUUCAACAGUG